GUCAAAAGAACUUCUGGAAGGAUAGUGAUCUGGAAGCGAGACUCCGGAAUAGCGGCCUUCGCUGCGAGAAAGCCAGUCAAUAUUCUAUCAGCAGAAACGGCUAGAGCGGUCUAUCGCAAGGUAUGUGUUGCGCAGAUCAACCAAGGAAACUCAUUGGCCUGGAAUAGAGCAAUACAUUCACACAUAGACGAAAUAAUAUCAGAAAUGUUUCGUGCCCAAUCCGCGCCAAACCAAUGGUUCCACCAGAAGUCCGUCAUCACAUCGAGACCGUACGAAAUAGUGGGAUUUGAUGCUUCAGAGCUAGUAUCAACAACUAAAAGAAAUAGUUUUGUGGUCAGGGUAACAGAUUUUUCGAUGUGUGAAGCCGCUUGUCUUGUGCCAGGUAAAUCGGCGGAGACGAUUGCAAGAGCCACGCUAGUGGGUACCACCCGAGUCGGCGGAGAAAUGUCUCUAUUUUGUGUUACAUGGUGUAGACCACGUGUUCCGCUCGACAUUAUCCGUAAUGGUGUAAUAUUCGGUAUUCCAUGGAUUAAACGAAAGACGAGAUUAUAA